AUGACUAUCUACCCGAUACAAUGCUUUAGUUCGAUGUCAAAGGAUCUGUCGUUCUAUCAGAAGGUAAAGAAAUGGCUCCAACCAUUUGUCACUGGCUCAAAAAGUCUCUAUCAUGAAAACAAACAGGCAUUGGCGUUGCGCUAUCGUAUUUAUGAGUCGCAGGGAAAGAUUCAUCUCACACGUCGUGAGCUGCUUCUUCUCCGUCAAGCACAUCGAGAUUUGUUCAAGUCGCUGCCUCUUUUGGCCUUCUUCUGUGUACCCCUAUUGGGUUAUGCAGCACCGUUGCUUGGUUAUCAAUUUCUAAAGCAAUUACUGCCCUCCCAGUUCUGGCGGCCGAAUCAAAAGACGCAGUUUUUGCAGGAGGAUGUAGAAGCCAGAGCCAUGACGUAUCCACAAUUAGUGCAGCUACUGCUACAGAUACAAUACAAAGACGACACCCUACGGGAAAUGCUUGCGAGGGCCAAGACAAAGGGCAAUGAAGGGUUACGUCCGGAUCACUUGGUGGAACUGAUGCCAUUUUUUGACGGACCUGCGGCUCUUGCGGAGCUCUCGGACCAACACGUCUACGUGCUGGCCGAAGGCUCUGUCCUCUUUCCAACUUUUGCCCUGUUGAACAAGCUGCUCAGGAAGUCACAGGUGCAGAAGAAAUUAGAAAGAAGGGCGUUGGAGCUCAGUUUGGACGACCAGGAGCUGCUGAAAGAAGGCGUUGACAGCUUAUCGCUCAGUGAGCUCGAGUUUGCGUGUCAUGAACGAGGAAUUGUGACGCAGUACGGAAAAAUUGAAACGCUACGUGAUGCGCUAAAAAAGUGGCUGAGCAUGUAUGACACGGACCACUUUGACCCAGUGUCCAAUCCGCAGAGACUACCGUCGUCGCUAGUGCUGCAUGCUCCUGCGCUUGCAUGUUUUGCCAAGCUGGAACAGGACGAGAAUACGACAGUCUAA